CUGUAAAACUGGUGCAUAUGGCCGAUGUGGGUAUUCGAAAAGAUAUUUAAGUUAGGUUUGUUUACGACAGUCAAAGAGUUUCCUUUGGAAAAGAUUAUUUUCAAGGGGUAUUUACGGGAUUAAGACGAUCUUUAAUAAUGGCCAGCACGUCGAGCGAUCAGUCGUCAACGGCACAGAAAACAUGGGAAGUGACAAACAACAUUGAGACUAUAAGCACAGCAGAUGAAAUCUACCGAUACGAUCGCCAGGAGCAGCUUGAUAUACUCGCUGCCAAACCAUGGGAAAAAGAUCCUCACUUCUUCAAAGACAUAAAAAUAUCGGCGCUAGCUUUACUGAAGAUGGUUAUGCAUGCCCGAUCCGGUGGUACUCUUGAGGUCAUGGGAUUGCUCUUGGGAAAAGUAACGGCGAAUACAAUGCUCGUCAUGGAUUCGUUUGCUCUUCCUGUCGAGGGAACUGAAACUCGAGUGAACGCCCAGGCUCAGGCCUACGAAUAUAUGACCGCUUACAUCGAGGCUGCCAAACGGGUUGCCCGCCACGAAAAUGCCAUCGGUUGGUAUCAUAGUCAUCCGGGUUACGGGUGCUGGCUAUCAGGAAUUGACGUCUCGACUCAGAUGUUGAAUCAAAAUUUUCAAGAACCAUUCGUAGCGAUCGUAAUUGAUCCUGUUAGAACGAUUUCAGCUGGAAAAGUAUGCCUUGGAGCUUUCAGAACAUAUCCCAAGGGUUACAAGCCUGCCAACGAAGAGCCAUCAGAGUACCAAACAAUACCAUUGAAUAAAAUCGAAGACUUUGGAGUACACUGCAAGCAGUACUAUUCCUUGGAAGUAACGUAUUUCAAAUCCUCCUUCGAUCGUCGACUACUUGAUUCUCUCUGGAAUAAGUACUGGGUUAACACAUUGAGCUCGUCCAGUUUGUUGACAAAUGCCGACUACACAACUGGUCAGAUAUUCGAUCUUUCCGAUAAACUGGAACAGUCCGAAGUAGUGCUUGGUAGGGGAAGCAUGCUCCUUGGAGCUACCGAUCCUUAUGACCGUCGGAGCGAGGACAAACUGGUCAAGGCGACAAGAGAUAGCUGUAAAACUACAAUUGAAGUUAUACAUGGUCUUAUGGCCCAAGUUAUCAAAGACAAACUUUUCAACCAAGUUGGAACUGGGAAAACAGACUCUUAAGCUUGUUUUCUCUUACAGUGCAAUUUUUCUAUUGUAUACCUAUCGUUAAAGAGAUAAAUAAAUAAUACUAAUGUGAUUUUCAACAAA